AUUUUCUUGCAAUGUUUACAACGUAGGCAUUUGCUUAAUAACAGUACAUUUAGAGCUGAUUGGGUGCAAAAAAAGUAUGUGAACCGCGCCCCGCCAUCAUCUGACCACCGCCUCCCCGCCAUGUUGCCCACGUACGAGCGCCUGAACGACCCCAAGAACGUUUUCUUCCGAAUGCCCUUUGCUAGAUUGGCUCUUGCUGCCCUGAGCCUUCCCCUUGGUGGAUUCUUCUUCUGUGUGGUAUGGUCGCUGCUCUUCGACUUUGUACGCUCCACCUACACGCACUGUGACGUGGUCAACUACCUGCCGUCGGUGUCGGCUGCCAUAGGAAACUAUGAGCCACAGAAGACGAUAUGGAGGUUGGCCAUCUUCCUGCACCUGCCCCUGCGGCUGGCGGUGGCCAAAAUUUAUUUGGAGUACUACAAGGAGCACAUCAGGCGGAGCCGACGACUGCUCGGCAUCCUGGCCUGCUUCCUCAAUGUAGUGGAGGAUCUUGCCCUGUUCUGCCUGUCCUUUUGGACAUCCGCAGACAGCUAUGAAACACACCGCAACGCGUUCGUGGUGUUCAUUGCGUGCAGCGAGUGUUACAUGCUGAUGUCAUACCUCCUCAACAGGAAUGCGCGCAAGGUGGUGCUGUUGCCGCACGAAGAGAAGUCACUGCGCUAUAAGCGCAACCUCUUUCUUGUCAAUGUGCUGGCCUUCGGGCUCGCCGGAUACUGCUUUGUCCGGCACAACGCCCGCUGCGAAGCGGGGGUCUACACCUUCUUCGCACUCUUCGAGUACAUUGUUGUGCUCACCAACAUGGGAUUCCAUAUGACCUCCUACUGGGACUUUUAUGCGCUCAACGUUGUCUGCGACGCCAAGCACGGCCUCUACCUAACCCAAUUCUAGAUAGCCAUAGCGAUAGCGAUAUCAUAACCCUCCCUUAAAGCACAUUCACGUCCGACCAGCCACUCUCGAGUAUUCUGUACAUACGCGGUAUUAGCUUAAGCUCAAAGUUUACUUAAUUUUACCAAAGGAAACUAGUUUCGGAUUCCGAUUCCCUAAACGGCCUAGUUUUCCCUAAGAUCAGUCAUAAGAUCAUUGCAUUAUUAUUUAUACAAAAUAUUUUGGUAUUUAGAUGGCUUUAAGGUUGGCUCGACCAGCAUCGGAUGGUUCUAUUAGACACAUAAGCAUACGAAUGUCUGCAACGGAUUUAAGGCUCCACCACCAUCGGGUGGGGUGGUUCUAUACUUUAUAUUUAAGAAUAUCCUCGCCUCCUCGGUUUUGUUUUGUUUAAAAUUUAGCUCAAUUCCAUGUCUGUAUGUAUGUAUAUGUCAAACUUUUUCAAUUGGAUUUCUAUCGAUUGUGUGUUGAAACCGAAAAUUUACAAAUAACACAGUUUGCUUCGCA